AUGGAGGAUUUGGAUUGGCAAUUCGACCCGAUUCCCGACUACGAUAAUCAUUGGAACGCUUGGGACGGUGGUGAACAAAAUACGCCAAUCAAGGAGUCAAACCAAACAAUUUGCCUGGAUUCCGACGAAGAGGCAGGCCCGUCGAAGGUUGACGAAAGCGAGGAGAGAUCGCUGUUUCUGGACGAGUAUUCUACGCCAAUAACGAGUACAAAGCGGCGCUUCCAAAGUACGACGAGAUCUGUGUCCAAAAAUGCCAAAUGCUCCACUCAAGUUCCUGGGAAUUCUCUAAGUUUAAGAAGACGAAGCUACUCGCAUUGUGAAUUGACUCCAAUAGUUAAGCCUGAGAAUCGGAAAAGGAAAUCUACAGAAGGCUGCCUUACUCCCGCAAAACCUGUCAAGGAACGAGUCUUACCAAAGCCUACACGACCACCAAAGCGGACGUUUGUUGUCAACGAGUUUUUCGGAGUCUACUGCCUCAUUAAUCGCAGCAAUAAACCGAGGUGGAAAAAUCGGUGCUACAUUGGAAAAACAACCGACCCAAAUCGACGAAUUGAACAGCACAACGGAGGCAUGGACAAGGGUGGCGCAAAAAAGACCCACGACAGGGGACCUUGGGAUAUGGCUUGCAUCAUUCAUGGAUUCCCCAACGCAAUCUCUACUCUUCAAUUUGAAUGGGCCUGGCAAAAUCCGGGCAAGAGUGUCACCAUCAAGGGCAAAUGUCUCGACAAGAAAGAAGCAAAGGAAACAACAUUUGCGCACAACAUUCGAAUCGCAUGCUAUCUGAUGAAUUGCGAUCGUUGGAAGGAUUUGGCCCUCACAUUUCAAUGGCUCAUUCCGAAAGAAGAAAUCCCGUUUCCUCCACAAGUCCCUUUUCCACCGCAAAUGCGAGUCGCUUAUGGAUUAAUCGAAUGUGGGAAAACAGCGGUACCAAUAGGAUUCGAUGAAUUGGAGUCAUUGCAGAAGUGUUUGAUCUGCGGGAAAACUAUUGUAGAGCUACGUCAGCUCGGUCGAUGUCUCUCGUGUCGUGCCCAGCAUCAUCUUAUUUGCUGGGCAAAUGGGGCACUUUCAACGAAGAAGCAACGCUACCUCUGGCCCGUCGAGGCAAAGUGCCAAAAAUGCGAAAAUGCAAACCUUUGGGGCGACAUCAUUCGCGAUCAACGUAUGUUCCUCAAGACGGACGAGGCUCAAAAAGUCCCCGAAUUGCAAAAUCUCCUUCUGAAAAAGGUGCUCAAAAGCGGAAUG